AUGUCUACUGAUAUCAUCUCUUUUUUGUUAAACUGGGAGGCCGCUCCCUACCAUUUGCCAAUUUAUUUGGCUCAAAUCAAGGGUUAUUACCAACAAGAGGGCAUCAGAUUGUCCAUUCUUGAGCCCUCAAACCCUUCGGAUGUGACUGAGUUGAUUGGGAGUGGAAAGGUUGAUAUGGGAUUGAAAGCCAUGGUUCAUACUUUGGCUGCAAAAGCCAGAGGAUUUCCCGUAACUUCUGUGGCAUCGUUGUUGGACGAACCAUUCACGGGUAUCUUGUACUUGAAAGCCUCUGGGAUCACUGGAGACUUUCAUUCAUUGAAAGGAAAGAGAAUUGGUUAUGUGGGAGAAUUUGGAAAAAUUCAGGUGGAUGAAUUAACCAAGCAUUAUGGUAUGACUCCCGAUGACUACACUGCUGUUAGAUGUGGAAUGAACGUUGCCAAGUAUAUCAUUGAGGGAAAGAUCGAUGCUGGUAUUGGAAUUGAGUGCAUCCAGCAAGUUGAAUUGGAAGACUACUUGAAGAAACAGGGUCGUCCAAUUGAAGAUGCACAAAUGUUGCGAAUUGAUCAACUUGCCGAAUUGGGAUGUUGCUGCUUUUGCACCAUUUUGUACAUUUGCAACGACGAGUUUUUGCAAGCCAAUCCUGACAAAGUCAAGAAGUUCUUGAAGGCAGUGAAGAGAGCCACUGAUGAUAUGUUGGCUAAUCCUCAAGAAUCUUGGGCCCAAUUCUGUGACUUCAAGCCACAAUUGGCCAACGAAGUUAACCACAAAAAAUUCCAGAGAUGCUACGCUUACUUUUCUGAAAGCUUGUACAAUGUCCACAGAGAUUGGAGAAAGGUAACUGCCUAUGGAAAGAGAUUGGAGAUCUUGCCUUCAGACUACGUUCCCAACUAUUCUAACGAGUACUUGUCUUGGAAAGAGCCAGAAGAAACCGCUGAUCCUCUCGAGGCACAGAGACAAAUGGCCAGCCACCAAGAGGAAUGUAGAGCUUGUGGCGGAUACCGCAGAUUAGUAGUUUAA